UGAAGGUUGAAGCUACUCGGGCUUGUUCGUUGUCGAAUGAUAAAGUAGUGAACAUUCAAGUUCGUGUAAUAAAAUAGUUACCUAGUUUAUCAAUUUUGAAGAUAACAAAAAUGAAAACUUACAGCAGAAAGAAAACCGGAACUGCAGAAACAGCAGGCGAGCAAGAAGUGAUAAUCGAUUUGAAUGAAAUCUGUAGACUCUGCAUGGCCAAAGAAGAUGAAUUAGUUCCGAUUUAUGGAGAUGAGGAUCCGGUUCCAUUAACCUUACGAAUUAUGGCUUGUGUGGCACUUGAGGUUUUUGAAGGAGAUGGCCUUCCAGAUAAAAUUUGUCGCCCUUGCAACUAUCAACUCAGCAAAUCAUAUAAUUUCAGAAAAAAAUGUGAAAGUUCAGAUUUGAAACUCAGACUGCAUUUGAAAGAUCUUCCAGAGGAAGAAUAUUGUAAAGAAGGUGGAAACAAUCAAAUGGAAAUUGAGGACAUAGAGAGUCAGAAUGGGGAUGAAAUCCUGAAUAAUCCUGUUGAACCAAGCACAGAAGAAGAUUUAGUUGGAGUGACCAAAGUUGCAUAUCUCCAGCAAGACCAGGAGCCUGACCCAGAUCCGGAGAACAUAACUUUACCCAAAGAAAGUGAGACCAUUGACAAAGAAGCAUGCACUUUGAAAACCAAUCAUCAGAUGAAAACGGAAAUUGAUACUGAAAACGAGGAAGAAUCUGAGAGCAUCUAUAUGGAAGAAACAAUUGAUAAUAGAAACCCACUCGAAGAAGCAAAUAUGAGUGCCAUUGCUACUGCAGUCAAAGCAACACUUGCUUCACAGACUGGAUUGAACUUUGAAGGCCAGCUCAAUAUAAAAGUCAAUCAAUCCGAUGGCAAGACUACCCAAGUAGAAGUCACAACAGAAGAUGGAUCUGUGAUUGUGAUGGAACUGAUGACAGAGGAAGCUGCUGAUGCCAUAAAACCAAAAGAUGUUAUUAAUUCAGAUGUCGAAGCACCUAUCUUUCAGUGUCCUGAAUGUCCAAAAUCAUUUUCUAGGAGAAUUCAAUUGAGAAGACACGCCUCAGUUCAUAUGCAGCAAAAAGGUUUCAGCUGUGGUAUAUGCGAAAAGUGGUUUCCAACAAGAUCGGCUCUUGUUCGUCAUGAACGUAUCCAUACAGGUGAACGACCUUUCCAGUGUGAAGUAUGCCAAAAGAGUUUCGCUCAAAAGGAAAUCCUCUUUAGGCACCUGAUGACACACACCGGCCAAAAACCGUACUCCUGUCCCCAAUGCAACAAGGGAUUUACGCAGAAAGAACCUCUUCGAGCCCACAUGCGGACUCACUCUGCAAACGGAGCUUCUGAAAUAAUUUUGCACUACUGCUCUCUGUGUCCCAAAGUUUUUUGCCAUGCUUCUGGUCUGAGCAGACAUCUAGUAACGCAUACUGGGAAAACAUUCAAGUGCAGAGACUGUGAUAAAUCGUUCACCGAUAAAAGUUCUUUAAGGCGACAUCAUUGGCAAACAAACCAUCAGCCAUAAAGCUCAGUCUAAAUCUAUAUGUAUAUGUAUGUAAGUUUGUAUAUAGUCCAUUCAUAAAGUGUUGAAACAAUCCAUUGUCUCACAAAUUGGGCUUGAAAUAAAGCUUGUACAGGGCGA